GAUUAAAUUUAUUUUAAUGAGACGAAAUUUAGGAUAUUUUAAGGUUAAAAUUCAAGUGUCAAAAAUGUCUGCUACAAGUUACCCUGCGCCAAACCAUACAUCACUAAUCACACUAUAUAAACAUAUCAAUUUACCUAAAAAUUCAUCCAAACUACAAAACACAAAUAACUUAAUUAUACACAUAACCAUGAACCAAAUUCUCCAUAUACUUGUUUUACUUCUUGUAUCAGUAACUUAUUAUUCCUAUGCAGAUGAUCCUUCAGGAAACUACUGCAAUCCAAACACAGUCGUAAGCAGUAGCAGCAAAAUAUCAUCAAACAUAGACCACUUAUUAGCUGAUAUUCUCACCAAAUUUCAGCAGGGUGCAACCUUUAUUAUGUCCUCAUAUGGCACUAACAAAGACAUGAUUUACGGGUUAGCCCAAUGUCGCGGUGAUUUGAGCUCUCAGAAUUGUUUGAGCUGCAUCCAAGAUGCAGCUCAACAAGUCCGAGACCUCUGCCCUACACAAUCCGAUGCUCGGAUUUGGUAUGAUUAUUGCUUCUUAAGGUAUAGUCAAGAUAAAUUUUAUGGUCAAGUGGAUACAUCAAUUGGUACAUUGUAUAAAAAUACACAAAAUGUUACAAAUCCUGAUAGUUUUAAUCAUGAAUUGGGCAAUUUGUUUGAUAAGAUUAGUGAACAGGCAACUAAGCCUUCUAAUGAUGGGUUAGGAAAAGAUGAGAAGAAAUUGUCUGAUUUUGACACAUUGUAUGGGUUGGUUCAGUGCACAAGGGAUUUAUCUCCUGUGAAUUGUAGGCAGUGUUUGGCUAUUGCAAUUCAGAAUUUUGAUGAUUUUUGUAGUAAUAGUAAGGGAUGUAGGGUGUUAUAUAGUAGUUGUUAUGUUAGAUAUGAACUUUACCCAUUUUUCUUUCCAUUAGAUGAUCAACCACCAAGAAAUAUUGGCCAUACUUUAAGGAAGUCUUUCAAUCAUCAUUAAGUUUGUUGUGUGGACGACAAAGGAAACUGAUUGAUUGGUUCAUGUUGAUGACUUCAAUCUUUUGGUAUUAAGGUUAUCAUGAAAAUUAUAAUUAUUACUAAUUACAUAAGUAAAUAAGGCAUAGAGAAGCUUUGCCCAUUUUCAAUUAGAAAGUGAGACUACAAAAAAUGUGUGUUGUUUUAAUUAUGAUUAUAGCUAAUGGUAUUAGAAGCCAGUGUGAUAAGAGGUUACGGUUCGAAUCUCAACCAGCCCUCAUUUAAAGUGGAUUUGUUGAACAAUAUGAAUAUGACUUGAUCUGUUUUUCACCACCCGAAAUCAUUCCAAACACCCGAAUGGCAAGCUCUAAACCCAUCUCCUACCAAGUAAAAUGCAGUAAUUGAGCUGCGUACUUCUAAUCAUAGUAUUUGUAAUCUUGAAUUUACAAAUAAGUUCUGUUGAAUUAAAAAUUGUUUAUUUAUAUAUUAAUAAUAAUUAAUUAAUCAGUUGAACUCCUCUCAAUCUUACAUAUUAGUUUUCUACAAUUAAAAAUUAGUAACUUUAGAAAAUAAUGUAUAAACUGGUUCAAUUCAAUGGAACUAGUUCUAUAAAAAUUAAUUUAGUCCAACAAAAAUACA